UUUUUAUUUGCGACACAACGAUUCCACUUACGACGGAGCUGUCCACCCGCCUGUGCAGAAAGGAAGGACACACAGGAGGAGGAGGAGACGUGUCUCCGUUCAAGUCGCAGUGAAACCAGCCGGCAAACACAACACGUGAGAGUGAGUCCCCCCCCAGCUCUGUCAUGGCCAACCCCCUGAAGGGUGAGGUGUUCAAGCUGUACAAAAAUCUGCUGUACCUUGGCCGAGAGUACCCCAAGGGAGCUGCGUAUUUCAGGGAGCGCCUGAAGUCCGCCUUCAUGAAGAACAAAGACGUGACAGAUCCCGAGCAGAUCCAAAAACUGGUGGCCCGGGGGGAUUUUGUCAUCAAGGAACUGGAGGCACUUUAUUUCCUCAGGAAAUACCGAGCCAUAAAGAAGAGGUAUUAUUACCCGGAAAAAUAAUUACACACAUCUACAGCUUCGCGUUGUCUCUCUGAAAUGUAAUGCAGGCUCCGGGAACAGACAACAAACUCGUAACAGUUACCCUCAUGUGCAGAUAAACUAUAUUUGCCUCAUACGGGAAAAGUAGGAAAUAAGGGAAAAGUGCCAGCCGGUCAUGAUAAUGUAGCUGUUACAGAACAGGCUUUGUUUCUUUGUACACAAAUUGCACCUUAAUGCCGAUAUUUAAAACUCAAUUAUUGUGUUUAUAAUGAUGUCACCGUUUGUUUAUUGCCCACUGUCCGAUUUUUUUAAAGUCCACGUUAACUCAACAUUUCAACAGGUCAAAAAUGUCAUUAUCUAUCUAAACGUCCCUUUGUAUCAUAAUUAUUCUUAUUAAGUUCUACACAGACAUCCACCUGGUCUGUAAGAAACUGUUAAAGCCAAGGUAUUAAUUGUAUAUUGUACUUGAGUGUAUAUAUAUGUAAAUACAUGGUCAAAUUUCUUGAAGAAUGUACCUAUGUAUCUAGGUACUAUUUUUCAGAAAUGUACAGAUGUUGAAAAAUAGUGACGGCCUCCGUCUUGCUGAAUGUUAAUAAAUUGCCGCAGUUUUCUUCAAUAAUUCAA